CUCCUUAUUACCCAUCUUGGAUCCCUCUCUUCUGUUCCAAAAAAAAAGCCAAAGAAACGAAAAAGAGAAAGUCUCUCUCUCUUUAGAGUUUCUUCUCCCAUGGCUUUACUAACUUUCCCGCCGGAGAAAUCCGAGCCGCCGCAGCCGCAGAAACAGCAACCGCCGGCCCCCAAACGCAAGAAACGCGAGACGCAGACGCAGAAACCGCAGAAGCAAACGCAGAAGAAAAAGAAGAAGAAACCGCAGAAACCACCAUCUUCAUGGGACCAGUUCAAGAACCUAAUAACCUGCAAACAGAUCGAAGGGUCCAGAGUCCACGACCCCUCCAAGAACUCUCAAACCGGACCGCACACGUGUCCUCCUCCUUCGUCCUCCCCCUCCAAGCUCAUUACCUCCUCCUGUGGCUCCAUUUGUAGCUUCAGAGACGUGGCUCAUGGCAACACACGUGUCGUUCACCGAGCCGACAACUCGCCCGAACCCGGUAACCCGAGUCAUGACUCGGAAUCCCGGCUCCUGACCCGGAAAUCGACUCAUCACCGGUCGUCUUCGUCUCGGUCGCUGACGUCUGGGUCAACGAGAUCCAACGGUAGAGAGAGUUACACGUCAUCGUCUUCAACGACGACGACGUCGUUUAGGGGCAUGCAGUUCCGGAAACUCUCCGGUUGCUACGAGUGCCACAUGAUCGUUGACCCUAGCAGGUAUGCAAUAACGCCUAGGGUGUGUGCUUGUUCUCAAUGUGGAGAAGUUUUCCCCAAGCUUGAAAACUUGGAGAUUCAUCAAGCAGUUCGCCAUGCAGUAUCUGAAUUGGGUUCCGAGGAUUCGGGAAGAAACAUAGUUGAGAUAAUCUUCAAGUCAAGCUGGUUAAAGAAGGACAGUCCAAUGUGUAAGAUCGAACGGAUACUAAAAGUCCACAACACGCAACGCACAAUCCAACGGUUCGAGGAUUGCCGAGACGCCGUGAAGGCGCGUGCACUUCAAACGCCGAGGAAAGAUGCCAGAUGCGCUGCCGACGGCAACGAGCUCCUCCGCUUCCACUGCACCACCCUCGGCUGCACCCUUGGCUCCUCCUCCUCUGCUCUCUGUUCCGCUAUCCCGGGUUGCGGGGUAUGCACUCUCAUCCGCCGUGGAUUCGGUCCCGGCGGGGUCCGGACCACCGCGAGUAGCGGUCGGGCCCACGAUUCUGUCCGGGAUGUUGGGUCCGGGCAGAGGGCCAUGCUUGUCUGCCGGGUCAUCGCCGGGAGAGUGAAACGGCCCGUCGUCGAGGAUCAGGCUGCAGAAGAGGAAAAUUGUGGUGGCGCGUAUGAUUCACUCGCGGUGAACGGUGGUGUGUAUUCGAAUCUUGAGGAGCUCUUGGUGUUUAACCCUAGGGCUAUAUUGCCAUGCUUUGUUGUUAUUUACAAUGUUCUAGAAUCUUGAACUUGUAUUUUUUUUUCACUUUGGAUAAUGUUUUUAAUUUUCAGACUUUUUUUUUAUCUUUUUUUGAAGUAGAUUAAUCUUCAUGUGAUGUUUUAACUGAA